CCGAUUUCGACGGGGGGACAGAUUUCGACUGAACACCGCUCUGUGGGCUGAGCUUACAGUCUAUGGGGCUGAGCUCGCUCCAUUCACGUUCCAAACAAACUCGACCUCGCUUUUUUUCAAACGCGACACUAGUGCGCAUGCGCCAAACCGUGACGUGUCGCGAAAGUGUCAAACAGACAGAAGGAUGUGAAAAUGAUCGAAAACUCUCCAGAUAAACUUACUAAACUAUUGAAUCGGCAGUUUGGAUAACCCAACCCCUGGAGCCAGCCGUAGGUAGAGACUUUAUAGACUUACUAACAUUUUCAGUUUAGCUGCGGAAUAUCGGGUUAACCCACUUUUGAAGCCGCGACAUUGACCGUCGAGCUAACCUAGUUAGCGACAGCUAGCCGAACUAACCGGAGUCGGUAAAGUGGCCAAACUACCCAGCAGCACGGGGACCGGCUCAGCUCGGUUCACACUAACAUGCGACUCAAGUUAAGCUGACUGGGUCAAAGUUAGAGAGACGCUCCGGUUAGUUUAGUCGAUCAUCUCAUUUACUCGGCGUCCAGCCCGGUUUCCAGCCGGGUAGCUGGCAGCAGGACCGACACACACCGAUAGACAGAGGAAGAUGUCUCGGAGGCGGCUGGACAGUCGCAGCGGGCUCGCAGCGGGGCUGCUCGGGGAGACCCAGACCCCCAUCACCACCGAGCCCAUGGAGAGUGUGUAUGAGAUCACCGGGGAGCUCGGGAGGGGGAAGUUUGCUGUGGUCAAGCGCUGCGUGGAGAAGGCCACGGGGAAAGUGUUUGCUGCCAAGUUCCUGCGGAAGAGGAGGCGAGGUCGUGACUGCCGGGCAGAAGUCAUUCAUGAGAUGGCCGUCCUGGAGACGGCCCGCCACAGCGCCCGCGUGGUCAACCUGCACGCCGCUUACGAGACGGAUCACGACAUCGUCUUAGUGCUGGAAUAUGCGGCCGGUGGAGAGAUAUUUGACCACUGCGUGUCUGACGAGCUGCUGCCAGAGGCCCAGAUCACUCGUCUGAUGAGGCAGACACUGGAGGGAGUCCAUCACCUCCACCAGAGCAACCUGGUGCACUUAGACCUGAAGCCACAGAAUAUCCUCCUGACCAGCCUGUCUCCUCCAGGAGACAUAAAGAUUGUAGACUUUGGCCUGGCACGUAGACUGGGCGCGGUCGGAGAGCUCCGGGAGAUUCUGGGCACACCUGAGUAUGUGGCUCCCGAGAUCCUGAAUUAUGAGCCGAUCACAACAUCGACUGAUCUUUGGAGUGUGGGUGUGAUCGCCUACAUGCUGGUGACGGGAGAGUCUCCGUUUGCCGGGGACGACAAGCAGGAGACGUACCUGAACGUGUCCCAGGUCAACGUGGACUACAGCAGGGAGGCCUUCUCCAGGGUGUCAGAGCUGGCCGUGGACUUCAUCCGCAAGCUGCUGGUCAAAGCUCCAGAGGACCGGCCCAGCGCUGCAGAGUGUAUGAGCCACCCCUGGCUGUGGCAGCUGUGUCUGAGCCCCGAGCCCACCACCACCCGCAUCGUCCGCGAGAGGAUCUGCGGCAUCAAGUGGGGAGCCGAAGACAAGGAGAACAUUCACGAGUCGCCCCACUCUCACGCAAAAAGGACCCGCUACGACGAGGAGACCCCCGCCGCCGGAGACGGCGACUUUUGAAAAAAACGGGGAGGUUGAAUUGAAGUGUAAGGCAGGUGUGCCCACUACUUCCUGUGAGCUUUUAAAUUCUUUUAAGCUUCCAGAAAAUCAGCAAAAUCUGCUGCACGCCACCCAAAAGUACUUAGGUUGUGUUUAUAUUCCACUAAUUUGCAAAGUUUCCAGGUCCCCACUCAGACCAAAGAUAACCAGCUACAUGUUGAGAUCCAUCAGUGAUCCAUCGCUGUUAAAAACAAUUGUACAGUAUGUCUCAAUUAAUGCAGUGUGUGUUUAACCUGAAGUAUUUAAUACCUUUUUAUUGUUAAAAUCUCUGGUAUUUUCACUCUGUAGUUAGUGUUUAGCUGUUCCUGUACUGAUGAAGGCGAGUGUGGAGCUUUUUCUACAGAAAUCUAUGCAAUACUUGGCUUCCGCAUUUUAGAUCUAUUUUCUCAAGAAACCUUAAAGACGUUAAAGUCGCUCUGCCGCAAGGUCGGAAGUGAAGUGUUCUUAUUCAGUCGUGCUUCAGCAGAAAUGUGUAGAGACGUAGAGAUAAGCACCGCUGCAAGGAGGAAGUUCGAGAACGUCCUUAUUUGCAUGUUGCGGGGACAGCUGGACAGCAGAAUUAUGGGAAACCUUUUGACUCAGAUUUAGUUCAUAAGAUAUGCUGCUGCAGCUCUAUCUCUCGCUGUAUUUCCACUGUUCAAAACAACCAGCAGAAGGGCAGAAUUACACAUUACAUUCCUUAUAUGUUUGCAUAGUCAAACUGUCCUGUUCUCCUUGUCUGCAAUAGCACAAAGGGUCAAAUUUAGCUCAGGGUUUUUAGAUCAAACUCAUUUAAAUAACUCCAACAUUAGUAUAGUCUCAUUCCAAAGAACUGAAAGGCUUCCACAUGUAUUAUAUAUAUAAAUAUUUUAGAAGAAACAACAAAUCAUGGCAUUCUUAGGUAUCCUUCUUUAGUGAGAUAUAUAAAAAAUCAACCCGUGACUCAUGCAGUUGUUCACAUGCCACACCCGCACUUACUCAAAUGAUUUCCUGAGCGAGCUGUAAGUUCCUCUUCCUCCGUCAGAAGAGAAACGCCACUUUAGCACUUAUUUCACAAGCACACGUGUUGAACUGAUAAGCAAAAAAAAAACUAUUUCUGAAAGUCUGUGUGUUUGCUUGUCCUUGAGAGGUUCUGUGCUGUGUGUGUGUGUCAGUCCCUCACCAAAGCCAUCCAGUGUCCUUUCAUUAAAAGCUACUCCAGUCCUGUCGGGUCCGGGUGCCUCAAGUCUUAUAUUCCUGUUCUAUUCCCUCAUCUCAGGGCAUGCUGCUCACUCUCUGCUCACUUUGUUUUGUAUUCUUAAUGUUAUUCUUAUAGGCCUAUUAUUAUUAUUAUUAUUAUUAUUAUUUAUGUGCUGGACUUAUACUUUAUAUUUUUAUGUAAAUAAUGUGCUCUUGUGUCUUAUAAGGAUGUGUUGAUGAUUACGGUGGGAGAGGAUGAUUACGGUGUUAUUUAAAACGUGCUGUUGUGGUUACAGUUGAACUAAAUGGAAAUGUUUGAGGGUUGGGAAGAUGAAAGAAAGAAAGAAAGGAAGCAAGAGUUUGUAGGUGGUACUGGGAAGUAAAGUGAGAGAUGAGUCAGAUGGUUUUAGUCAGGAGGAAGAUGAUUCAAUAAAAUGUGGAGUUGGAAAUGUGUUGGUCUCGAGAGAAGAGAUUAAAGGGAUAGUUCAGUGUUCGGGAAGUGAGCGUGUUUCCCAAAAGUAUUCCUUUAAAGGGAUCGUUUGGAUUUACUGAAGUGGGGUUGAAUGAGGUACUUAUCCACAGUCAGUGUGUCAGCUCCAGUAAAUGAGUAACAACAAAAAUAGCUGAUAAGAGUUUAAUUUAAGAGCUGAUAUCUAGACAUUUUCCUUGGUUUUAUUGAUAAUGAUUUUGGUUAUUAUCAAGAAAACCAUAGACUUAAAUUAACCCAUUGAAGCCUGGAAAGCGGAUACGUCGUUUUGUAGUAUUUGUAUAAGCUCUCAAAUACUUUUUGAAUUUCAUUUCUAUCUGCUACAGAGGCUGAAAAAUCUAUUAUUUAGUAGAAGCGUUGACACUUCUGUUGAAUUUCCAGAAAAACUUCAAGUUUUAGGGGCUUAUUUUAAAAUCGCCCAGAGGUUUUACAGGCAGUUUUAGGCGUCAAUGGAUUAAACUCUUAUCAGAAAUUUUUGUUGUUGCCAUUAUAUUUGUCCAAACAAAUGUACCAUAAUUGUACCAGGCUUUAAAAUGAACAAGAAAUUUAAUAGAAAAAAAAGUCUAAUAAUUUUUCCAUGACUGAAGUAGAUGGUGAUUGGAGAAGCAGACAGGAGUACCAGCACAGAAGCUUAAAAACUGUACUGUUUAUCUGUCUAUUUAUUUAUCUGUCUAUUUAUUUAAGACACCUAAAAAGACCCAUCUAAAAAAAAAGUGUGCGCUAUAAUUAAAGUAUAUUUUCACCACUCACCUUGCCGUCAGACAGCCCUUUCUGACGGGGAACUGAAAAUGUUCUUUGCUAUUUUCAAAGCCACCAAACUCCAUUGGGAAAAAAACCCUAUUUUUACAUCACAAAACACACAAGUUGCUGGUCUACCGCUGCCUGGAUUGGUUGGUCUGGCUGCAUCCAUUAUCAUUUUGGGAUAUGGUUAAAAUAAAAAAACAUUCUCCAGUUUGUUUUCAAUUGUAAUCAUCUUGAAUGCGGUCUGAACCAGGCAGCCAGUAGCAGGAUGAUCCCACAUCCCAUCAGUCUACAUCCAUCAGAUUCAGUCAGUAGGCCAGCAGCUCCAUGUUCUGCAAAGUAAAAUGACUGUUUUUGUCAAAGGAGGUUGGUAGCUUUGAAGAGAGUAUAAUACGGGUUCAGUUCUUAUCGCGUAAACUUAAGCUGGCCUGUCUAAUAGUGAGGUAAAGCAGCAAAAAUAUUGUAAAAUUAGCGUACACUUAAACUUAUAAAUGUGCAGUACAUUGCUUAGCUUCUGUGCUGGUACUCCUGCAGGUAAUACACUGACUAUUACAGUCAUGGAAAAAAUUGCUAGACUACCCUUGUUUUCUUCACUUUCUUGUUCAUUUUAAUGCUUUGUUGGUACAACAAAGGGUACAUUUGUUUGGACAAAUUAACAAAAAUAACUGAGUUUAAUUUAAGAGCUGAUAUCUAGACAUUUUCCAUGGUUUUCUUGAUAACAACCAAAUUAUUAAGAAAACCAUGUUAAAUGUCUAGAUAUCAGCUCUUAAAUUAAACUCUUAUCAGCCAUUUUUGCUGUUAUCAUUAUAUUUGUCCAAACAAAUGUACCUUUAGUUGUACCAGGCAUUAAAAUGAUCAAGAAGUUGAAGAAAAAGGGUGGUCUAAUAUUUUUUUCCAUCACUGUAUAUGGAUAAGUAUGUUAUACAACCCCCAUUUUAAAAAGAAUCCAAACUUUUCCAUCAGGUUUGUGAUGUUGGGUGUUAAGAUAUGUAGAUAUGAAAGGCGUUUUAUGUGACAAGAAGAAAGUGGAAAUGAUUUCAGUGUAGUUUUAGAAAGAGUUGCAUGUGACAGAACCACCGUAUAAUGUGAAUUAUGAGGUGCUAUUGAUUCACAGGAUUUGCCAUCUUUUGUUCACCUCUCCUAAAGUGCAGAGCUGGCAACUCUGUCUGCUCUUAAUCUCCAGUGAAACAUUCCUCUUUUUGUUCUGAGGUGCCAAACCGAAUAAGACCACAAUGUGUAUUUUGUUUGUUGUUGUCACCAGCUGGUACAAUGGCCUUUGUGUAGGAGAGAUGGGCGUCUCCAGCCACGGCCAUGCUCUCAUCUGUAUGCUGUCAUCCUUAAAAACUGGAACACCACACACUGUAAAAAGGGUUUUCAUCUCAAUGAGUAAUUUAAUCUCACUGAGUUAUCAGAUUCCGCUUGUUGUGAGAAUUUUCUCCGUAUAUGGUGAUGAUUGUGAUGCUGUCGUGCGAUAAUGGAAACCAGAGCGUCUCUUCUGCUACUGUAAAAGGAUAUAAGCUUGAAUCUUACUUUCUCAAGAGUUAAGUAUGUUCAUACUGUCCAAACGGGUGUCACAAAAUAAUCUUAAUUCAGGCUAAAAUGAUAUUUCUUAAGAUGAGUUGUACAGAAACAAGUGAGGCUUUCUGUCCCGGGGCACCAUCUGUAAAUAAAAUGAUUUCAGACUUGAUGAGUAGCGAGAAAAAGAUGGAUUUGUUUUGCAGUGCAGUGAUGUCAGGGAUCUCACUUCACAGGAUGACGAAAUGCUCAAAUGGGUCGGACCAAGUGGCUCAUUGUCCGUCUGUCACUUGAACAUGACUGAUGCUGUGGUGUUGAUUUUAUUUUGUACAGCUAUUGUACUGUGUUAUUUUCAGCAGCUAGUCACUCGUGGCCUCUGUGUGUGUGUGUGUGUGUGAGUGUUUUCAUUGUCUGGGCAAUGGGGAGGUGCUCAGCUGGCCGUCACCCUCAAGAAGUGGAGCACCAGUUAACACCACCCGACAUUCCUGUUUGCUCCGUGUGGCCGCAGUGAGACUGAAGGACACUGUCGGUUACAGUCAAACCAGCCACAAGCACAAAAAUGUUCAUGAGAUGUUUGUUUAUUUUGCAUUUUAUAUAUAUAUUUUUUAUUGUAUGAGCAUUCUGAUUGCAUCUGAAAUGACUAAAAAAAAAAAAAAAAGACAUAAUCCUUAUUGUAUUCUGAUCAACUGCAGGCUAAUAUGUAGGCGUCACAAAACAAACUGAAAAAGCUCAUUAAAGGUUAUAGAAAAUA